CAUCAGGAAGCGGAGCGCGGGUGGCUGCAGAGGCGUCUGCCGCGGCCAGGUUCCUUCUAAAGACUGUUGAACGGGAGAGGAGUUUGGGAAGCGUGAUGUGACCGUGGACUUCCAGAAACCCUGAAGACUUGUGAGGACAGCGUGUGAGCAGAAGGGGAAGCGCGGAGUGGGACCCCUGCCUGCCCACGCCUGGAUUCGACAUUGCUGGGGCCACAUCUUGCAAUAAGAGGAAGAGGAAAAGACGGUUCAUUCACCAUCGCUGAAAAUGGGAGGCAGCAUCUGUCCAGCAGACCAGGAAGGGAAGCUCCAGACCUUGCCUGUGGGGCAUCCCUGGGAGUGCCGCAGCCGGAGCGACACAGCCCUCUGUCAGUAAGGGGUGUCAGGGCAGCAUGGCUCAGAGAGCCUGGGUCAGCAUGCUCUUCCACAACCGCAAGACCCAGCUCCUGCUGGUCAACUCCCUGACGUUCGGCCUGGAGGUCUGCCUGGCCGCAGGGAUAACCUACGUGCCUCCGCUGCUGCUGGAAGUGGGCGUGGAGGAGAAGUUCAUGACCAUGGUUUUGGGGAUAGGACCUGUCCUUGGCUUGGUUUUUGUCCCACUGAUCGGAUCCGCCAGCGACCACUGGCACAGCAGCUAUGGCCGAAGGCGACCUUUCAUCUGGAUGCUUUGCCUGGGAGUCUUGCUGAGCCUCUUCGUUAUCCCACAUGCCAGCAGCCUGGCCAGCCUGUUUGCCCUCAACACUCGGCCGCUGGAGAUUGCCUUCCUCAUCCUGGGCAUCGGGCUACUGGAUUUCUGCGGCCAGGUCUGCUUUACUCCACUGGAGGCCCUGCUCUCAGACCUCUUCCAGGAGCCAGACAACUGCCGCCAGGCCUUCUCCAUGUAUGCCUUCAUGAUCAGCUUGGGGGGCUGCAUCGGCUACCUCCUUCCAGCCAUUGACUGGGGUGGCAGCUUUCUGGCCCCGUACCUGGGAGGGCAGGAGACCUGCCUCUUCAGCCUCCUUGCCAUCAUCUUCCUCGGCUGUGUGCUGGCCACGCUCUUUGUGACAGAGGAGGCAGCCACCCAGGCAGAUGUUCUGGAUGGCCCCGCGCUGAAGGACGUUCCCCCUAAGUCCUCACCUCCUGCCUGCUGCUCUUGCCAGGUCUCCAGGAGCUCGUGUCUGCUGCAGGCCAGGCACAUGAUGCAGGCCCUGAGAAACCUUUGCACGCUGGUGCCACGGCUUCACAGCCUCUACUGCCGCAUCCCCAAGGUCAUCCGGCGCCUGUUCGUGGCCGAGCUCUGCAGCUGGAUGGCACUCAUGACUUUCAUGCUGUUCUACACGGACUUUGUUGGGGAAGGGCUGUACCACGGCGUCCCCAGAGCCAAGCCAGGCACGGAUGCCAGACGCCACUACGAUGAAGGUGUCCGGAUGGGUAGUUUGGGCCUCUUCCUGCAAUGCAUCACAUCCAUCUUCUUUUCGACAAUCAUGGACCGGAUGGUGAAGCAGUUUGGGACACGGGCGGUCUACCUGGCCAGCGUGGUGUUCUUCCCCGUGGCUGCCUUCGUCAUGUGCCUCUCCCACAGUGUCAUUGUUGUUACCAUCUCAGCUGCUCUGACGGGCUUCACCUUCUCUGCACUCCAGAUCCUGCCAUACACACUGGCAUCACUGUAUCAUCACGAAAAACAGGUAUUUUUGCAUAAAUAUAAGAGCGAAGAGGAGGAAGACGCAGCUCGAUUGGAGAAGAAAUCAGCUUUCUCUAAAGGCCACCUUCCCAGCCAGAAGCUGCCUUACCAGAAUGGACAUGCUGGGAGCCUCUUCUCUUCUUCCUCUCCCUCCUCUUCUCCUCCAGCCGCCGGCUCGGCUCUGUGCGUCAGCUCCUCCUGCGACGUCUCGCUCAUGAUGAUGGUGGGAGAACCGGACUCAGUGGCUCCUGGCCGAGGGAUCUGCCUGGACCUGGCUAUUUUGGACAGUGCUUUCCUCCUUUCUCAGGUUGUCCCCUCCCUCUUCAUGGGGUCCAUCGUCCAGUUUACGCAGUCAGUGACUGCCUACAUGGUGUCAGCUGCUGGCUUUGGCCUGGUAGCCAUUUACUUUGCAACCAAAGUUGUCUUUGAUAAGAGUGACAUGGCGAAGUAUUCGGUGUGAUGUGGAAGGCACAAGGGCAGCACGCGGGGGUGCCUGCACGUGACAAAACGAGAUGUGUGUUGUUCACAUGGCCGUUUGUGCGAAGCCUCGUGUGGAACCUGCUGUCCCCAUGCUGUUGCUGUAGCCCCGGAGGGCAGUUCUGGGGCUGGGGGCAGGAGAGGUGCAGCAGGGCUAAUCUCAGGUGUAAAUAGGAGGCAUCGGGGCAUUGCGAUUCUGGCCAUCAGUGCUUUCCAAAGGUGCCUUUAUGAAAAGAAGGCGCUGCACAGCCAGCACCAAAGGAGGUUAUACAGGGGGGAGAAAGGAAAUGGACUUUUCUUUUAAUAACGGGUCAUGUUUCUGAGCAGGAGAGGCAGUAGUAUGGGGAGGGAAGAAAUCAUUGGCUCUCCUGUUUUCCAGUUACAGCUGUAUCCUCUUCCCCUGCUUGCUGUAGUUUUACUCAACUUCUUGAGCAAUACUUCUGCAAAUAGGACACUGGGAGGAGAUCUACUUGGAAAAAAAAAGAUGGGUGGCUAACGUUUGGCCAUGGAGCAAAGGGGGUGCAUAUGGGUGCGUGAAUGCUUCUGUCCUUCCCCACCUCUGUUCUGACUGGGAGAAACCCUUUAGGAGAAAAGUUACAAUGUCUUGUUUCGGAAAAACAAAUAAGGUUUCAUUAGGACCAAUUCCAAAAGGUGACUUAUCUUUUACCUAUGUACCAGAUUGCAU